AUGGGUGAGUUAACAUGUUGUGAGAAAGUUAAUGCAUGGUUGAGAAACUCAAAGGCUUAUUUGCUUAUAAUAAGCUUGCAAUUUGGUUCUGCUGGCAUGUAUGUUCUCACUAUGGCUGCUCUUAAUAAGGGAAUGAGUCAUUAUGUUUUUGUGGUUUAUCGUAAUGUUAUUGCCACUGUUGCUCUUGCUCCAUUCGCAUUUUUUCUCGAAAGGAAAAUUAGGCCAAAGAUGACCGUGCGUAUAUUUUCAGAAAUUAUGGCACUGGGAUUUGUCGAGAUAAUACUCGAUCAGUGUUUCACGUACUUGGGAAUGAAGCUAACAUCAGCAUCCUUUGCAUCUGCUGUUAUGAAUUCCGUACCUUCCAUCACCUUCGUACUUGCAAUCUUAUUUAGAUUGGAGAGGAUGAAACUCAGAGAGAUAGGAUGUCAAGCGAAAGUGAUUGGUACAGUGGUGAGUCUUGGAGGUGCUUUUCUAAUGGCAUUAUACAAAGGUCCUGUUCUUCAAAUUACUGGCUCUUCAGCAGCAACACAGAUGCACCAACCUGAAAAUGUCAAUGAUCCCACCGGUUCACACUGGCUUCUUGGUGGAGUGUUCCUCCUCAUUGGUUGUGCUGGCUUCUCUGCUUUCUACAUUUUACAAGCCAUAACAUUAAAAAAGUAUCCGGCAGAAAUGUCUCUUGCCACGUGGGUUUGUUUUGUUGGUACACUUCAAAGCAGUGUAGUAACUAUUUUCAUAGAACGCCAUAACCUUGAAGCAUGGGCUUUGGGCCUCGACUCUAGACUCUUCGCUUCAGCAUAUGCGGGAAUAGUAACUUCAGCAUUUCAAUUUUAUGUGCAAGGUUCUGUAAUUAAAACUAUGGGACCUGUUUUCGUGACCGCUUUUAAUCCUCUUCGAAUGAUCAUAGUCACUGCCUUAGCUUGUAUUCUACUCUCCGAAAAACUCCAUCUCGGAAGCAUUGUUGGAGGAGUGGUGGUGGUCAUAGGACUAUAUCUUGUUGUAUGGGGCAAAUGGAAGGAACAAAAAAGUAUCAAGUUAGAGGAAGAGUCCCCGCAAAAAAUCUCCCAGCAAGGACAACAACAAUUGCCGAUUACAGACUCAAAAAUUGACGAUAAUGUUAAUACUAAUAAAGCUCAAUUGGUCACGAAUGUAGAUCCAACAAGUAUGGAGAGACAAUGA